CCACACCCAAACUUCCACUUCACAAAAUUCACAGAAGGGAAGAGAAGAGGAGGGGAAGAGAAGCCAGUGUGAAAAAAAUAACUGCAAACUGUCAAAAACCAACGGCCACCUAGCUCGCACCACCAUUUCCAAGUUCAUCUCUUUGUUUCUCCUUAUAACGGUAGUCUCAAACCGAAUGUUUGCUUUAUACCCUACCUCUCUCUUCUUCCCAUCUAAGCCUUCCGCCCUCCGCUGCCGCGCCACCGGGGACAUCCCGGUGGGCCCCUCGUUCCCCCGGUGGUUCCACUUCCCCUCCUCGGCCGAAAUAUCCGGCGUCCGUAUCGGCCACGACGUUGACGCAGCCGCCAAGGACGGCUCGGCUAGGAGCGGCGCACCCGGUAACAACAGCCUGAAAGUUAAUGCCAGAGAGAAGAAGAAAUGGUCUCGUUGGGGAGAUAGCUACUUGGACGACGAUAGCGACGCUCUUCCGCUUCCAAUGACCUAUCCGGAUUCUUCUCCGGUCCCACCCGAAGAGAUCGAUCGACGCCUCCGGUGCGAUCCCCAAGUUCAGGAUUGCAAGGAAGUCGUGUACGAAUGGACAGGAAAAUGUCGAAGUUGCCAAGGAUCCGGAUUUGCCAGCUAUUAUAAUAAAAGAGGAAAAGAGAUCAUCUGCAAAUGCUUACCUUGUGCAGGAAUUGGAUAUGUGCAGAAGAUAACAGCUCGCAAGGACAUUGAAGUAAUGGAGGAUUUAGAUAAUGGAAGACCACCAUGAUUAAAACAAAUAUAGUUUUGAUUCUUUUUAAGGAUUCCGGGAACUAUACCAUGCAAUCAUUUUGAUAUUGUUUAUCCUCUUGUUCAAUACAGUUUGCAUGUAGACUAACCACCUUUGGGUUUCUAUACCGGGAAAGAUAACCUCCUUGAAUUGGGAAGGAGAUUCUGCAGAACAAGGCAAUAGAGAAAUG